ACAAGGCUUGACCUCAGGAUAAUGCACCAUCGACAGAUGCCACCAAUGAAGAGCUUGCUGAUUCAUCUUCUCCACUGCACUUUAACGACAUGGACGAGCCCCUAAUAAGUUCACAAAUCAUGGAAGGCAAGAGUUUGUCACCCAACAUCAGCGAUGUAUCAUCUCACACAAACAAAAGAAGCAGCUCCUUUACUGCCAGUCUUCUCGAGGAGAUCAGAACAGAGCAAUUGUCGGCGAGACAAGAUGGAUCACGUUCAAGAAUCUAUGAGUUCAAAGCAGAAGACGGCGAGGGAAUGAAGCAACAAUCUUCAAGUAUUAAGACGUCACAAGCUUCAGCCGAAGAGACCGAUUGUCAAUCAUCAGCUCGGGCUCUGUUUCUAGCCUCUGUCAACAAAACUCUAGAUGAGAGCGCAAGGUUUGUUAGGCAGCAAAUACAAACAGGGAGUUGGAACGUCCCGCUCGAAAUUCUGGUGGAGUUCCAGACAAUGACCAAACAAGUGGUCGACGACAUUGAGAAUUCAACCAACCUUGUCUACCGAAAGGAGCUGAAGAGACUAAAAUCUCAAAUCAGCACCGUGAUUGCCGAAAGUGAUGAAACGCGAAUCAGCCUCGAGACCCAAAUAGAAAACCUUCAGAAGGAAAAGAUCAAGGCUUGCAUCGACUGUGAGCAGCUGGAAUACCAACUCAAAUUCCUUUUGCAGAACGACGAAGAAGAAGCAUCUGAAUGUCAACAUAAGAAGAAAGACGACAGGCACCAGGUUUCUUUACAAGCGAUGGAGGAAGAUUGCAUGAGGGAGUUGGAUGCUUUACACGAAGAGCUCAGAACGGAAAGGGGAAUGGUAAUAUGCGGCCUAUGCAAGACCUGUCCUAAAGAUGCAGUAAUUUUACCAUGUUUGCACUUCCUCUAUUGUAACAAAUGCUUACAUAAAAUAGUUGAGCAGAAGGGUUGCUGCCCGAGCUGCAGAGUGAAAAUAAUGCAGGUACUUCUGUGCAAUGUAUCUCUCGACAUGUGA